AUGACAAGUGAUAACGUUACCGCCUACUACGAGUUCCUGUGCUCCAAGGAUGGCAGAAAGUAUUGCUUCCACAAGACUUACGCCUCGAGCUCCGUCAAAGCCUGCGACGCCACAAAGUCGACCUGCGAGGGGUCAUGCAAGAGUGGCAUGAAGGCUUUGAAAGAAGUGGGCUGCUGCGCAGGGACCUACGCUUUUGCCAGCUAUACUCCCUACGCUACAGUGGCGAGUCAAUGCUCCGUGAAGCUAACAAGUCCAUGUGAGCCUCAGCAUCGCUACCUUCAUGUGCUCCUCCUGGUGACAGCAUGGGACCUUGUGUGGUAG